CAAGGCGGAAGUACCCGGGCGGGUGGAAAGUUGGCGCCCGGCGGGUUUGGUUCGGUGGGGCGGGAGGCUGCAGGGAAGUCGGGCCCGUGCCAGGCGGUCCCCCGAGAGCCUGGAGGGCGCACCCGCACGGCGAGGAUGGGGCCCGGCCGGCCUUCCGGGGCAGAUCCUGGGUGGCCGCGGGGACACAGACCGAGACCCCCAUUCUGGGCAGCGGGGGCCGCUCAGCGAAGCCUCCACAGCGAAGGCAGGACCACAGACAUUUGGUGUCCCCUUCCGCCUCCAGCUUUCGUCCCUUCUCUUCGUCCCAAAAGAGCAGGGUUUUGUACGGCCUCUGAGCGGAGAAUUGUUUUUAUGUUUGUAGAGGUUUAGAUGAGCAGCCGCCUUGGGCCUGGGGAAAGUGCUCAGGGCACAUCUGUUUGCCCUCAGGUUCUGUGGCUGGAGGAUCGGAGGCCGGGAAGCGGUGAGGGGCUGAGGACGCUGUGCUCCUAACAAGUACUCCCAGGGAGAGCUGGUCUCUCAGCCCCGGCCCGUUCGGACCCCUCUGGGGGACCGUGGGCGGCGUUGGUCGGUGAGCCGGCGUGACUGUUCGCAGGGACCAGGUUUGCCGCCUGGCUGGAUCCCCAGAGAUGCUCCGGCUUUGAUGCCGACGCCCGGGGACCAGCGAAGACAUGGUCCUGGAUCAGCGAUGGCGAGACAGGCGUGGACGUGAGCUUCAGGAACUCCGUCCUGGUGAAGCCUUCCACCACCAACGGUGGUGCAACCGUUGGCCUUUUCCAUUAAGGGUAGUGUUUAUUUUAUAACCACUAGGGUUUUGUAGCUGAUCACCAGGAUGCACCAGGAUGGCGUUAUCCUGGGGGUUCUGCCUGUGCUCUCUGUGUGGUUUCACCCUGGAUGUAAAGUAGGUGACGGGUACCUCUACCAGGCUGGAGAGCUGGGUGGGUCCUAGAGGCAAUAAGGGCCCUGAGCACGUUCAUAAAGUAGUGCUACAAGUGACUGACUCAGGACAGUGCCAGGACACUGGGAGGCUGGCAGCCACUUGCCCCGAGUGCUGUGCCGCCCGCUGCCUUCCACCGUGUGCCUGUGGCCGAGGGGUGUCUGUGGUCACGAGACCAGUAAGUGGCUAGCAUCACAUCCACCCCUGGGUCUUAGGUCUGCUCCCCAGGCAGCUUUGUGGGGCUUCGGCCACAGUUCCUGCACUCGGGAGUCCUCAGGAGGACCAGACGGCUUCCUGGGUGCCACGACUUGCUGCAGAUAGACGGCGUAACGGCGUCCUGGAUGGUCCCAGAACGCCAGGCGCCUGUGCUGACUUGUCCCCUCCUGGGGAUUCUGCGCCCACCCUGCACCUCCGCAUUUGGUGGGGACUUGCCUGUGAGCUGCCCCCCACCCACACCCUUCUGAACACCCGCCUGCACAGCAUCAGAUGCAACUGCCCGGCUGGCCCGACCUGCGACCACCCCCUCUCCACACGGCCCCAGGGCCGCAGACAGCCUGUGUGGGCUCCAUCCCCAUUGCGUGGGCCUGGCUUCUCUCUGAAUGGCUCCCUGAUGCGUUGCGGCCUUGACACAUACCGUGCGUGUGGCCAGAGAAUCUUGCAGGGGCACAACGACAGCCUUCUCUGCCCCCAGACUCUUCUCCGGCGUGGACGGUUAGUGUGGGGCACCCCUCGCACAGUGCGCAGCCUCACUUUGCCCUCACCGCCCCCUCUACGUCGCCAUGGACACCAUCUGUCUGCCACCUGGGCUUCGGAGACCUGCGUCCUCUGCCUCCAGGCCACUGUCCACAUGCUGCUCGGGGAGCUGCCCUGGCUGCUGGACGUCCUCGCCUUUGGGACACCUCGAGGACUUGGGUCAGCUGCAGACGAGGGCCUGGCAUUGGUUCCCUGGCCACAGAGCUGCUAGAAUGAGCCGCUUCCCUGAGACGGACUCAAGAGGUGUUGCAGAUGACAUCCAGCCUCCUGCCCGUGGCUUCCCCGGAACCGUGUCUUACAGGUUUGCGCAGAACAGUCUGAGCGAGCCUAAGUUAUUUACGACUGUCGCUUCCGAGCUUGCAGAGGUUACGUACAGGCCGGUGUUCCGUGAGCUCUGCUUAACAGGGUAAAAUCAAGAGGCUCUGUGCUGGCUUUCCAGUCCUGGUAUUUACCACUGCCAGUCAUCCCCGGGGCAGGAAACAAGUCGGCAUGUCCCCGUGGGGCUGCCAGGGCCACCGUCGCCGUGCCUGUUGUAAGCCCAUGGGUCCCAUGCCCUCCCCUGGGACAGAAUGUUGACAGGCCUUCCCCCCGCCAGCCCAGGCCCUGCAGCGUUGACCGCUUGUCCUGUGGUCUCACCCCCUUAGGAUGUGUCUGUGGCCUUGGGAGGGUUGUGGGGGGGUCUGACCCCCCAGAAAUCUGAGGCAGAGCCGCACACUGGCACUCAGCGGUCUCGCCUCGGGCCUCAUGGUGCCCACGUGCAGGCCGGCCAUCUGCCCAGAGCCGUGUCUUGCUCUCUGAGGAGCCUGGUCUCAGGACCCGAGUGUGCCCAUGGCCCAGAGUUGCCAACAUGCCUGUGCAUCAGUGGCCCAGUGAUGGAGACCAGCCCCAGCUCUGGCCUCUAUCAGUAGAGAACCCACAGGUCACGGUGGUGUCGGGGACGACACUAGACGGCGGGUCCCUGUCUGGUGGGGGUGUUUCCUCUCCCUCCUCCCUGGGCCCUCUUCAGGGUCCCACCCAGAAGGGAUCAGGGCACCCCGCACGCACCAGUCUUUGACUUCCUGCCGCAGUCUCACUAUGCCUGCUGCGUCCCCCAGAGGCCCGGCCCACACUGCCCACCCGCCCGCCCGCGUGGCAGGAGCCUGGCAGUGGGGCCUGCGGCAGCCGUUUCUAGGCCAGCAACCAGCCCGUUGGUCUCACCAGCAGCCCAGUUAGCGCAGCUAAUUUCAGCACGGUGUCUGGUCUCCCAGGACCUGCUCUGGGUGCCUGCAAGGUGGCGGUCAGCUAGAGGACGAGCUGUUACUGCUUCCCCCUGCGCAGCAUCCCAGGAAGGUGAGAAAUGCGAGUCCUUACAGGCAUGAGAGCAGACGUGCGCCACCGGUUCCGCCACAUGAACUGGUGGCCUCUGUGACGUGGGGCUGCAGUCAGCGCGAGGACCACAGCAGCAGGUGUCCCCCCGGCAGCAGGUGUGGCCGGCGCCCAGAGGCCAGAGACAGCACAGCAGUGAUGUUCAGGGAGGGCCUGUGCCCCCCACAGCUGCCACCUGUAGGCCUGGCUCCCACCGUCCUGAUGACCCACACUGCUGCCUAGCUGCGCCCAGGUGCCCCUGCCGUGUACUUCCUGCGUCGGUCGCAGCUGUGACCACAGCGGACCCGGGUCUCAGCAGCGCUUCCCCCAGUGGACUCUCCAGAAGCUGUCUGGUGCGGGUGCCCUGUUCUGCCUGUGCAGCCUGGAGAGAAGACAUGACUGUGUGGCAGGAUCUGCCCGGCCCGGGGGUCAGUCCAAACCUGGAACCAGUCCUGAGGGCCGACAUAAUGCCAUGCCCUUGGCUGCCCACCCCGUGUGAGCAGCACCACAGGCCACAGGAGAGCCCUGGGCAGCCGGAGCAAAACAGUGUGCGGGGCCUCGAAGGCAGGUGAGCACAAACGGGCCUCAGCGGGGGGAGCAAGGCCAGCACUGCCGGCCAUCUGCCCUGGCAGGAUGGCAGUGCCCUGGGCUCUAAGCCCCCAUCCCCCUAAAUCCAUAAUAAAAAUAAUCCCGCAUUUGCCUGAUCUGCCCCAGUUCCAGAAGCGUCUCCUGAUGUGUCAUCGUGUUGAUGCGUGACAGCAGUCCAGGGAGGCACAGCUGACCCCAUUUCACAGAAUUGCACCAGGGAGGGUUUGGGAGCCCAAGGGGGCAGGGGACACCCCAUCCUGCCUUCUAGGUGAGAACACCUGACCUUUCAUAGGCCCCCAGCCCAGAGCUCCUGCCAAGAGCCUGGUCCAGGCCUUUGCGAGGAUCAUGACUGGGAAGCUGGGCACUGCUGGUCCCUGCGGCUGCCGUUGCUGCCUGGGGGCCCCCCACCCAGGAUGCAGCCUGGCGCCUGCGUCACUCAGUAGCCCCAGGGGCACAGUUCCCCUGAGAGCAGGACAGCAGGGCCUACCAGACACACCCAGAGCAUCACGGCUGAGGGGGACUGGAUGUGGUCCCAGCCCCCACGGCACCUUCUGCCCUGAGGGGCAGAAGGCAGAGGGACUGUCUGCUUGGGCCCCAUCGCGGGCCGGGUGAGGAGCCUGACAGAGAGGUGAUGGGCCCCCUCCCUCCUCGGAGCCCCCAAAGCCACUCAGCCUGGGCUUGGGCACCCCCGAGCCAGACACCGCCUCCUGAGGCAGGACACUACCAGGGCACCCCUGGGCCCACGAAGAGCAAGUCUGGCUGUCUCUGGCUUAGGGUAAACUGAAGCAUGGACAUACCUCCCCGCCCUCAGGGCAGCUACCCAGUCUACCCGCUGCUGGCCGGGGCAUGGGGCACAGGCCCAGAUGCCCUCAAGGGGACAGGCUCACUCCUGUGGGUGGCUCAGCUCCAGGGGAGGGCUGCCCACAGACCCUUCAGUUGGCACUGCUGAGACCUCAGAGGGCUACAGUGUCCUGGCCCUGUUACCCAUACCUAGUCUAUGAUUCAGCCCAUCAGGGGCACAGAGGGCUGGGGCACAAUCUAAUGGCUGUAAGUCUUUGGUGGCCCAGGAGCCCACCCAGCCCUGUGGGAGACCACUGUCCAGGGCCAGAGCUGACCCACGUUGCCUACCCCUGCAUCUCCCACCCCCAAGGGCUGGCAGACCAUGUAGGGUCAGGCGCAGUCCCUGGAGGAGGGGAGGCAAUGGGGGCGGUGCCAGAGCCUGGCCCCCAGGUGGCAGGAGUGGGCGGGGCACCUGCCCGGGCUCUGCCCGCUUAUGUGCCCGCUCACUCAUUCACUUGGUCUUCGCUGUCACUCACCAUCACUUGGUCCUUGUCACUUGGCCCUUGCUGGCACCGUCCAAGCCCCAGGCUGGCCACUUCCGAAGCUCCCGACGCCAUGGAGGAGUGGGAUGUGCCUCAGAUGAAAAAAGAGGUAGAAAGCCUCAAGUACCAGCUGGCUUUCAAGAGGGAGAUGUCCUCCAAGACCAUCCCUGAGCUCCUCAAGUGGAUCGAGGAUGGGAUCCCCAAGGACCCGUUCCUGAACCCCGACCUGAUGAAGAACAACCCGUGGGUGGAGAAGGGCAAGUGCGCCAUCCUGUGAAGCACCCCCGCCCCGACUCUCGCCUCUUUGUAGGGAGAACACCUCGAUAAAGGUGUGGCUUUUAUAAA